AUGGCCCUGCGCCUCAGUGGUCAUUUGCUUCUGGGCGUUGUCAAGAUAUACUGUAGGAAGGUUUACUAUUUAUACAAUGACUGCAGCGAGGCUUUGGUCAAAAUCAAGAUGGCAUUUAGACCGACUGUCAACAUUGAUUUGGAGGAUCCAGUGGCGAAUUUGGCCGCAAUCACGCGUCCCGAGACGUUCGCGGACUACGAGAUUAUUUUGCCGGAAGUUGACAUUAUGGACAUUGGAAUGGGCGGCGAAGAGGAGCACUUGGUUGUUGAAAACUUCCAUUCUAAAGAGUUGAUUCCUAUGAGGGUGGUGGUAGAGGGUAGAGAGGAGCAGGAAGCGGAAGAUUUGUUCGCCAGUCAGUUGGUGGACCAAGAGGAUAUGAUGUUUCGCGCGGAAGUCGACCAGGAAGCUGAUUUGUUGGCUGCGGGCGCCGGGGGAUUGAUGGGUUUGGACCGAACGGAUGAAUACGAGCAAUUAGAGUUGUUUCGAGAUUUAGGCGCGGAACAAGAGGUUGGUGCCGAAGUGGAUGUUGCUGGGUCUAUAGAGCAGUUGCCUUUGCAGACGGACAUCAGUUAUCACGAACAGGAGCAAAGCAUUGAUUAUCAGAGCGUAGAGCAUGACGCAGCUCGGGUUCCUUCUAAAUCUCCUUCUCGACGAGUUAAGAGAGUGUUGGCAACAACUUUAGAUAAGAAUACGCAGCUUGACAAUAAACAGAUGGAACGCAACAUCAACCGUGAUUUGACUGUUUCGAUUGAUGAACUCUCGCUUAUUCCUCCCAACAAAAAAAAGUUUCUUCGUAAAGAGCGGAUUCAUUCUUCUGUUUCCAGCUAUUUUUCUUCCUAUGACACCAAUGAAUUUGCGGGUCCGUUUCUAUCUGUCCUCCUCCUAGGAAGAAGCGACCGCCUUCCGUUUGCCCCAGACCAUUCGCUUGAGAGCGGUACCUCGCUAGGAAUUGAGCAAGUUCGAGGAACCAAAUCUGUAGACUCCAGCAUUCAGAUGCCAGAAUAUUACGACGCUGCUCUGAGUCUCGCAGAGCCACCUCCCAUUCCUGGACUGGAAUGGACGGAGCCGGAAGUGAGCAUACCAGAGGUGUUGGACCUACCGUCUAAGCCUUCACCGAGUGAGCCGAGCUACCUUGACCUUCCUUCAGCAGAUCCCUCAGCGAUGAGCCAACCGCAUAAGAAGCUCCUAGAUUUUUUCAGGCGACACAUGAACCAGGACCAGGAAUUCAACUUUAACAAAUUCUUUGCCGACAAAAAACGGCAUUUGGUUGCCGUCACAUUUCUUUCCAUCCUGGAAAUGAAGAGCAAGGGACACAUCAACGUCUUCCAGUCUGCGCCAUAUGACGACAUUUUACUAAAAUUGGCCGCGCCCAUCGUCUGA